ACUUGGCUUAAUUGCAUUUGCCGUCAUCGCACAUGGUCGAGGAGGUCAGCUGCCUGAGACAGACUGGCAGCAGCAUCGGCAUUGUCGUCGCUAUGCCCAGCCCAAGCGUAUCGAAUACAGGAAACGCAGGUGUAGCAGCAGCACCCACCACAGUGGUCCCCUCCACUGGUGGCAUACAUCAUCAGACGCAUCAGCAGCAUCAGCACCAACAGCAGCAGCAGCAACAGCAACAUCAUCAUCAACCUCAUCAACCUCAUCAGCCGCAUCAGCAGCAGCAGCACCACCAACAGCAGCAGCAGCAGCAGCUCCAUCAUCAUCAUCAGCAGCAGCAGCAGCAAUCACACCAACAGCAGCAGCAGCCACAUCAUCAGCUUUCCGGAAAUAUGAGCUUGCUGAGUGUCAAGGGCGGACGCUAUUUAUGGACAGAUCGGGAGCUGUUGAUGCAUUUACAGAACUACACGCCGUUGAUUCUGCUGAUCGACUUUGUGGAGAAGACACGCACCAAACGCUUCUACGAGAACUCCGAACGCUACGAGAUACUCAUGCUGGUGUUCAUCAUGCGGAAGGGGGCGCCGUUCUGUGAGAAUAAACGCUUUCCGGGUGAAUAUUGGGUGAAUCUAUCGGUGGGCCCAAUUGCCGAGGCAUUCGAUCGCCUGCAGGCGGCCAUCGAUAUACCCGAUCCACAGCUGCCCAUCCACAUGAGUGUGACGGAUCUGACCAGCUGGAAGCAGAUGUUCGAUGUUGCCAUGAUGGAUAUCCGACGGUUUGCCUACUAUACGGACCCCCUACAGCUGGCCGAUGCCGGUGUCUACAAUCGGAUCACAUUUGAGCAGCGUUUUGCUAUGCAGUGGCAGGAGUAGAAUACGAGCAUCCAAAGUAUUAAACAAAAAAACACACAUCACAUAGUGGUUGAAUUGUUGCGUUAAUAAAUAUAUAUAAAUAGAUAUGCAUAGUGGAAUUAAACAGAACUGUGCCUUCUCCCACAUCACCCCCCCGUAGUACCAUAGCCACACUUUGUUUCAAUUCGGAAUGCACAAUACACACACACCCCUCUGGAUAUCUGGUAGUUGUCUAUUGUAAUCAAUGCUUUAAUAAACAUUAAACGUUCUACUGUUGCAAAUCACAUGCAAUUUCGCAUAA